AUGGCUUUUAGCAGUAAUAACCAGAAAGAUCUUGAUGGUGUAGCUCAAUUGCUGCAAAGAAGCCCCUGCACGGAGGACAGGAGUCACAUGCCCUAUACUGAUGCUGUGUUGCAUGAGGUUCAACGAUUCGUUGAUCUCCUUCCCAACAGCCUGCCCCAUGCAGUGACCUGUGACAUUAAGUUCAGAAACUAUCUCAUUCCCAAGGGAACCACUGUCAUAGCAUCACUGACAUCUGUGCUACAUGAUGACAAAGAAUUCCCCAACCCAGAGAGGUUUGAUCCUGGUCACUUUUUGGAUGAGAAUGGCAAGUUUAAAAAAAGUGACUACUUUGUUCCUUUCUCAACAGGAAAACGGAUUUGUGUGGGAGAAGGCCUAGCCAGAAUGGAGUUAUUUUUAUUCCUGACCACCAUUUUACAAAGCUUUAACCUGAGGUCUCCAAUUGAUCCAAAAGACCUUGAUAUUACUCCAGUCAACAAUGGACUUGUUUCUUUGCCACCUGAGUUCCAGAUCUGCUUCAUUCCCAUCUAA